AGUUUCUUGAUCAUUACAGAGGCACCUUGUCCUGAACCAGUAAAAGAAAGUUCAUUGGAAACUUUAAUGGAAAAACUGAAAUCUAAAGCUGGUCAGUAUCGAUCAUGGAUGGAGAUGUCAAAGUCUUUGAGAGUUGCAGUAACGGAAAAACGUCAUUUGAUGAAUGCUAGUGACCGUUCUCAGUUGCAAAAAGUAUUGGACACUUUACAAAAAUCCAUUAAAGUUACCUCUCUGCGAAGUAUGAUUGAAAGAUUAGAAAGCAUUAGUAGACAAGUUCAAGGGGUAAAAUUUUCUAACCGCUAUCCUACUCCUGAGUUAUACCUUUUUAAUGACAUGUUCUACGUUGAGAUACUUUUGGAAAAUAGUGGUGCUGUGAAAGAUGUAAAGAUUAAUCAUCAAGCUGACCAAGCAUCAACAACUUGUCCCGAACUUGUCAAAGUCCUGAAAGCUGGCAACUUCUCAGAAUUUACUAAGCAUAUGGAAGGUUUAGCAUCUAUUUAUCAGCUAAAUGCAGAAAAAAUGCAGAAAUCACAAGCAUUUCUUGCUCUACAAGCAUUAGAAACUGAUCUUGGCAAAUUAGCUCAGUUGAAAAGCUCAAGUACUGAACCUAGAAAUUUAGUACACAAUUCUGCUGUGGGAAUUUUACAGAACAGACGAGGAGGCUAUUCUCUGAAGCUAACCUACUUUAUUUCCCCAUAUGACCUCUUAGAUGUUGAAACAAAAGCCUCUAUUCCUUUGACAAUUGAAACUGUGAUAGAGAAGGGUCUAGGGCAGUCUGUUACUGUGUGCAUUGAAAGCUCUACUGCUCAUAAGCUCCAAACUACAUCCCUGAUUACUGUCACUAAGACUGCUGAUGGCAGAAGUCAACCACAAUUUGCUGCCUUGAGUAACUUAAACAGCACAAUUUUACCUGCUCAUUUUGUAUUGAAAUUACCCAAACCAAUUCCUAUGGCUACUAGUUUGGUCAAAGAUAUUCAGAGUGUUACUAAUGCUAAAAUCCCUGACUGUGGUGACUUAUCGAAUGCUCUACCCUUAUUAUCUGUCAUCAUUAAUGAUGCCUCGAGUGGUAAACUAUCCGCAGGAGAUCAAGGUUUAUGGGUUACAUUGCCAGAUCAGCAUCACUGUUAUUUCUUGAAUUCCAGUUCCGAUUUGCAAGGAGUUAUGGUUUCAUCCAUUCCUUUCACACAUCCCACACACGUGCCUCAAAUAUUAGUUUUUUUGCGACAGCAAAUGCUUUUUAAUACUGUGAUCAGUAGUUGUAUUAGACCAUCAAGUAAAAAAGAUGCUGAGUCUCCAUUCAUGUUUGAAGGAAUGGCAUAUUCUACCUCUCAUAUUCUUGUAUCAUUUGAGCACCCUUUAGAAGAAUCUUUGGCCACAGUCGAUAUUGAUCUUAAAGAUCUGAAUAAAGUAAGCUGCAAAAUAUAUACUCUUAGCAGUGAUGCUACAAUGUGUACAGAUGAAUAUGCUAGCAAAGUCAUGCAAAGAUGCCUUUCAAUUCCUAUAACUAUGAGAGCUGUUAUUCGAAAAGCUCAAGGUCAACAGCAGUUGAUGCGAUCGUCAAGUCAAGGAGAUGCAUAUGGAGCUACUGUUGGAGGUAGCGGUUCAGUUCCAUACUUAUCUCAUUUACCUAAUUAUGGAAAUAGUUUGACAAAUGGGUCAUCAUUUCCUGGUGGAGAUUUUUCUAAUUUAGCAUCUAGAAUGUGUAACAAACCCAGCGAUAAUGUUAGUACCACAAAAGCUUCAAAAAACGGCGCAGGAAAUCAAGCACCGGAAAACCCAAGUUUGUCUCAAUCAAAUGCUGACAAUCCACCUCUUAAAAUGGAAACUGAUCCUGCGCAAUCCAAUAGUGCUGAUAAUUUUAACAGCGAUAAAUCAAAAAACUCUGUGAAUGGAAGUUCCAACCCAUACCAACAGCGACGGCAAGCCAAUACAAUGCUAAUGAGCAUGUUAAGUGAUGUGCCGGCUGCCAACCCAUCGAGUGCAUCUUUUCCUUUUUUAAGCCAAGGUGAAAAUUCCCCGAACAUUCCUGGUAAAAGUCGCAAGAGAAAAAAGAAAAGUGAAAAUCGUAGUCCGGGGAGUUCUGCUGGUAGAAGCCCUAAGCGAAAGUUGAGUGAAGAUGAUUACGUCAGAGACAGAUCAACUCCAGAUGGAGAGAUUUGUGAUAGUCCUCUGGCAUAUGAAGCAUGUAGUAGUCUGCCUGCAAGCUUACCUUCCACCCCAGCUGAGCAGCAAUUGACUCAUCGCAUUGGUUCAGUAGAAUCUUUUAUAAAAACUGAACCCGGAGCAUCUCCUGGUUUUCCCCAAAGAUCUGCAAGUACUGAUAGUUACUUAAUGCAUGAAGAGUUUCAACCUCGUGAAUCUUUAAAUGUCAAUGACUCCAGUCGUCUUAGUGAAGGGGGCACACCCACCAACCUUGAGAUAGUUCGGAAUUUCUCCCAAGUUAAAACUCAAUAUUUUGGAUCUGACAACCUCUUAGAAAUGAAGCCUUUUUUAGGGCCUAGUGACACUAGUUAUGGUGGGGCUGUAGCCAUUUCUAGUGACAUUGACAUGGAUGAUGACAACGCAUACAGCAUGGAAAGCAGUCAAAGUAAUGUAGUGUCUUCAAAAUCAAGUGACAAGCAGUUUAAGAAAAAGAAAUACAAAGAAAAGAGUGAUAUAACAGAGAGUGGUGAAGUGGGGAAAGGCCAUGAUAACAGUAGUGAUGAAAGUAGCAUAGGAGAUCUUUCUCAAAAAUCCUUCAGUGAAACAGAAAACAGUCAAUCAGAAGACUUGUCUUUGUCUGCAAAAAGCAGUUCCUCUCAUUCAUCGCAGCUAGUUUUUCUUGGAACUAGUUUAAAAAUUGCCAAAUCGGGAGAUGGUCAUAAGGUUUCAAAAAGUGAGACAAAAGUGAAAUUGAAAGAAAGUAAGAAGUCUAGUGAGAGCUCGGACAAAAAGAAAAGUGAUGCAAAAAAGGAGCGUAAACGUAAGAGAGCGGAGAACUCUGGGAGUUCUUCUGGAAGGUCACCUGUACGUCCUUUACAUUUAAAUAUAGAUUCAUCUUUAAUGCCACCACCAUCAUCUACAUCUGAUUCAUCAUCAAUAGUUUCUUCAGCUGAGACUCAACCUAUUCGUCCUAUCACUCUAAAUGUUAAAACUGCACCUAGUUUAUCCUCCAGUUCUAAUUUUCAAUCAAAAUCUCCUGUAUACUCGAAGAAAUCGUUAAGCAAUAGUCCAAGCUCGAAAAAUAGCAGUUUGAAGAUUUCAUCUGAGAAGUCAAUAAAACCAUCUCCUCCUCGGACUAAUUUCCCUUUAAAAGUUUCCAGCUCUGAUCCAGACUCUAAAAAGGGUAACCCUACUCUUAAAAUUCCAAGUAAACAUAAACAGAGCUCAAGUGGCAAAAGUAGUUCUAGCUCAACUUCUCAUUCGAGUGGCCGUUCAUCCCCGAGCAAACCAAAAUCUGCUACCAUCAAGCUUAAAAACGUGAUGCCAUCUGCUGUGACUAUUUCUCCUAUCAUUUCAAAGGUUUCAUCCGCUGUACCAUCAAAUGAUGCUUUAGUUAUGCAAGCAACUAUUUUAAAUCCAGGAUCGCCUUCUGGAAAAUCUGGAUCCAACAAUUCCAAAGCUAAUAAAUCUGCUCUUCGUUCACGUAAAUGCUCUUUAAGUGCUGUCAUAGAUAAAUUGAAAGUUAAUGCUCAAUUCAGUAGUGUGGAUGGCUUGGAAAACCCCAAAUGUGAUGCUAUGAGGUCUGAUGCUCUCGUGGAUAGAAAAGAGUCGAAACUCGAAAGGAAAGAUAACUCGAAGGAUUCUUCCCUCAUUUCCAAGGUUAGUGAAAAAUCUAAAUAUUCUAGCUCAGAACAAUUUACCGUUAAACAGAGUUCAGGGAUAAAGUUAACUGUCACGAAAACCCGAGCAAGUGAUGGAAGCUCAAAAUCUAGUAAAUCUAAACAGUCAAAUAAAAGUUCAUCAGUUCUUUCUUCCAGUAGUUUAUCAAAUGUUUCAAAAUCUUCUAGUAGCAACCCAUCUAAAUGUGGAAAUGUUUCACCUGCAUCAAAAAAGAUAUACUCUUCAGCUCAAACAAAUCUUGGGACAUCUUCUAAAAUAUCAAAUUUGAGUAGUGGUAAUCCACUCAAACAGAAUCAACAAACUUCACAAAAGAUAUCUUCCCCUUCAUCUGCCUUAUCUCCCAGAACCAGCAGUUCGGGCAAUACAAUAAAUAAAUCUCUUUCUAAACAUGUAUCGUCUUCAUCGCAAAGUAAAACUAGUGGCUCAAUGUCAAAAACACAAGACAAAAGUGAUAAAAAGUCGUUUGGUGAUUUAAAACCUUCACAAAACGAGAAUAAAGAAAUGUUUCCUAGUUCUGCUUUAAAUCUAAUGCCACCCCCUGUUAGUAAAUCAUCGAGUGAUACUUGCCGGAUAUCGUCGAGCGGUAGCACUCCCAAGCGUGUCGAUGAAGGUUCUCGCCAGUCCCCAAGACACACACCAACUCGUGAGAUUUUAAUUGACGACAUGGAAAGUGAUCGGCCGUACAGACAUCCUUCCAGCCAAUCGAAAACUGAUUCAUUACUAUCUGAGCAAAUUACCUCUUCAAAGGGACCCCAAAUGAUUCUCCCCACUCCUGUAGAUUACUGUAAAGUGGAAAUUAUUAAGCCUGAUAUUGAUGACAAAGUACAAUGGAUUCCUAACAGCAGUGACAUCAAGUCUUCGAGUGCUCCGAGCUCUACCACAAAAAUGGAAGAUGUCAAUUGUUUGAAUUUGAAUGACAUCGACUGCAAACUCAAUUCUCAAGUUGAAAUUUCUUCGUCCAACAAGUACGAGAACAUGAUGAACUUGAAUAUGAUUCCAUCGUCGGAAGAUCACGGUAAAUCUUCCGCUCCACUAUUGAAGUCACUGAAACAAGUGAAGCGACCGAUGGAACGGGGUGGUGACGACAGCAGUCCCGAAGAGUGUUUGGUGAUAGAUUGUGGGAGUAAUGAAAAAUGGUCCAGUCCGUGUAUAGAUAAUAGCAUUAUUUUAAGUGUUUUGGAGGACGAAAAACCUGAAAAAUCACCCAAUACAUUUUUACUUAAUCAACCAUCUCUCACUAAGUCACCUGUACAAGUAUUAACUCCUAAUCAUUCAUUAAGGCCCCUCUCAUAUGCAAUUGAUGACGAUCUUAUGAAUGAAGCAGUGAGACCUUUAGAAAAAUAAAAUUAUAGGAAUGUACAAAUAUUGUAAAUAAAAUUUUAUUUAUGACCUUACAACUGUGCAUAAAUUUUAACUUAUGGUUACUGGUGCCUGUAUUAAGUGCAUUUAUCUAUCACGUUCGUUAAUAUAUUCUCACCAAAUUGUAUAAAUGAUUACCACAUUAGUUGUUUUGUUAGUUAAUGAAUAGAUUUUAUUUAAAUAAAUAUUGUUAUUUAAGUGUGCAAGGUUUUAUUAGGUGUUCCAAGUGAUUUUGUUAUGGAUAGUUAACUAUCAUAAUUUUCAUACUACUGUUGUUUUUUUUAUAAAUUAAAAAAAUUUGAUUUGAUUUUUUACAAAAGGAAAAAAUACUGAUAAUAUGACAUAUUAUUAAAAAAUAUUACAAAAAUUAAUUAAUCAGUUCUGUUAAUAAAUUUGCGUCAGAAACUUCACUAUUUAGGUGUUGUAAUUGAGUUUUAAAAUCUAUUUGGAAUAUUUUUCUCUCUAGUUAGCAAUAAUCAAUGUAAUUCUUCCUGAUAUUUACUUUCUGCCUUGUUUUAAUGUAAUCAAUGUGU